GCAUGCUGUACCUGGUGGGGCUGGGCCUGGGGGAUGCCAAGGACAUCACGGUGAAGGGGCUGGAGGCGGUGCGGCGCUGCCGCAGGGUGUACCUGGAGGCCUACACGUCCGUGCUCACCGUGGGCAAGGAAGCGCUGGAAGAGUUUUAUGGAAAAGAAUUGAUUUUGGCUGACCGAGAAAUGGUGGAACAAGAAGCAGAUAGCCUUUUAAAAGAAGCUGAUGUUUGUGAUGUUGCAUUUCUUGUGGUUGGUGAUCCUUUUGGGGCCACAACACACAGUGAUUUAGUGCUACGUGCAGUGAAAUUGGGGAUUCCUUACAAGGUCAUUCAUAAUGCUUCAAUAAUGAAUGCAGUGGGCUGCUGUGGUUUACAGUUGUACAAUUUUGGAGAAACCGUUUCCAUAGUGUUCUGGACAGAUACAUGGAAGCCUGAGAGCUUCUUUGACAAGAUUGAGAAGAACAGUCAGAAUGGGAUGCACACUCUGUGCUUACUCGAUAUUAAAGUGAAGGAGCAGUCUCUGGAGAAUCUCAUGAAAGGAAGAAAGAUUUAUGAGCCACCACGCUACAUGAGCGUCAAUCAAGCUGCAAAACAGCUUCUUGCCAUUAUUCAAAACAGAAGGCUUCAAGGAAUAAAUCCAGAAAUUACUGAAAACACAAUUUGUGUUGGCCUUGCUCGUGUAGGUGCUCUAGAUGAGAAGAUUGCUUCAGGCACGCUACAGCAGAUGUCCACUGUGGAAUUGGGUGAUCCGCUACAUUCCUUAAUUGUUACAGGCACUAUGCAUCCUCUGGAAUUGGAAAUGCUUAAACUUUUCUCUGUAGAUAGUUCCAAUUUUGACAAUAAUGCAUGUCAAAGGACUACUUAAAUAAAAAUGAGGCAUUUACAUUUUUA